AUGGCUAACUUACCUUCAGAAAUCAUCCUCAACAUCAUGUCAAGAAUGCCCGUCAAAUCUUUGGCUCGUUUCCGGUGUGUAUCGAAGCUAUGGUGUGAGUAUAUUGACGAUCAACACCUUAAGAUCAUUCGUGGCCAACAAUAUCCAGAAGAAACCGCAAUCAUGAUCGCUAGAACUAAUUUUUCAGACCACCCCCUCAUAAGUCUCUACGAAAUUGAAUCAAAGAAAAGUAUGGUCUUGAAGAUGAAAAAGAUCCCCUCUUUGGAGUUUAAGUGUACACAAAUUAGUUCAGAAUAUGAUGUACCCUAUAUUCUAGGUUCUUGCAAUGGUCUGGUCUAUUUAUCACUAUCAGUAAAGGGUUACUGGUCCUGGAUUGUGCGUCCCUGCGAUAUACGUGUGGUUGAUCCUUUAAGGAAAGAAUAUUAUGAGUUGCCACCUAUGAAUCACCCGUUAGAUCAGAAGGGUAUCGCGUUCUACGGGCUUGGCUUUGAUGAUUCUACCAACACUUUCAAGAUGGUGUUCUUUACUAUUGUGAAUGAACGGGAGGAAGCAUGCGCCAUGGUGCAUGUCUUCGGCACAAGAUCAUGGCGACAGAUAUCCCAAAUCUCCUUGAAUCCAAUGAUAUUUACAAGGCCACCCAAUUUCCCUAAAGCUGUAUUCGCUUGCGGAUGUUUGCAUUGGCAGGAUGGUUAUGGCAAAAUAAUAAGGUUAGAUAUGAGGACCGAGGAAUUCGGGUUGAUUGAUCUUCCGAAUGUACAAAGACAUGGUGCGGAACAUGUACGUAGUGGAUUAGUUGAUCUGCAUGGUGAAGUUGGAUAUGUAUACUGUCGCUUCUUAAGCAGCUUGGAGGUGUGGGUAUUGAAACAAAGAGAAUGGGUGAUUCACUGUCGGUUCGAUCAUAAACCGCCUCUUCCUGCUUAUAUUUCCAUAGCGGUUAUUGGCUGUUGGAAUAGAGAUGGGGACAUAGUUAUGGAAACAAUCACCAAAGGGGUAUGGACACAGUUGUUUGUCUACUGCCGGAAAAGCGAUCUUUUGAAAGAAAUCAAGUUCAUUAGAAAGUCGAAAGAUUUUUGUUUUUCGAAUACUUUUAUGUAUCCAAGUAGCUUGUCUUCAAUCCAUGGCAUUAAAGCUUAUUCCAUCAAUAACUGA